AUGGCAACCGACAUGUGCCCUGCUGAGUGCCUCGAUCAGCUCGUUCACGUAGAGGUUGAAAAGGAGAGGCGAUUAUCUAUAACAGGCACAACAUGGACACAGGAAUUGGUUUGGCUGCUUAAAAACAACCUUGAUUACGACAAGGCAUCGAAAAGCAUGCUGCCGGAGAGAUAUAUUUUUACCGGAGUCAGACAGUUGACGAAUACAGAAUUGCAAGCAAUACUCACUGAAAGGAGGCCCAGUGUCAUGGAAGCGUUGGAAAAUGCACCUUCUCCUCGGUUCAUUAAGAAUCAUUUUCCCUUGUCCCUGUUGCCACGGAAUCUUCUGGACAUUGCUAAAGUCGUGUACGUGGCCCGUGAUCCUAGGGACGUGGCAGUCUCUUAUUAUAAGUACAUGAAAUUAUUUAAAAAUGAUGUCGGAAACUUUAAAUUGUUUUGGAGACUCUUCAUUAAAGAUUUACUCCACUGGUCUCCAUUCUUCACUCAUUUAAAGGAGGCAUGGGCAUUACGUCACCAUCCACAUAUGCUCUUCAUCUUUUAUGAGGAUUUAUCAAAGGAUUUGCCCUCAUGUAUUAAACGCAUGGCAACAUUUCUCGGUGAAAAAGUAACGGACGAGCAAAUCGUGAAGCUCUGCCAGCAUUUGAGCAUAGACAACUUCCGUAAGAAUCCGUCUGUGAAUCUGGAAUGGCUGACUCGAAGAGUUGGCGACCCUGACGCUGAGAGCUUCAUACGGAAAGGCAAAUGUGGUGGCUGGCAAGAGCACUUCGACGAAGAGAUGACGGCGCAAGCGCAGCAGUGGAUGCGCGAGAAUCUUUCCGACUGCGGUCUGCGCUUCCCUGACACCGAUUUUUAGACGAGGUCUAUAU